UGAUUAAAACAGAAACAAAAUAACGUAAUUCUAUUGUCUGGACUCUAUUUAUUUACGCUUUGGGAUUUCCUUGAAUUAAUUGAAAUUUAAGUCUUGAUGGUGAAAUUGUUGAUGCAUUGUUUUAUUGCUAUUUGUGGAAUUCAUCAAAUUGUUCAUCACUUGAUUAAUUAUUUGUGGGAUUUUUUAUUUAAAUCAUUUGAUGCAUUUUAAUCUGAUUUGUGUAAAUAUGAUUCGGAAAUUGAAAUGAAUCAGAUCAGCCUGAUCUUG